ACACAAAUAAUCAGGGUUAUUAUUAUGGCUUUGAAAGAGAGAGUUUAUAUGUGGCUGCGCUUGAAUUUAGAAUUUUAAGGCAACAUGGGUACAAAGUACCUCAAGAGAUAUUCAAAAGUUUAUUAAAUGAGAGUGGAAACUUCAAGGCUUGUCUCAACAUGGAUUGCAAAGGAAUGCUAUAUUUGUAUGAAGCUUCAUUCCUUUCAUUGGAAGGUGAAAGUACACUGGAUGCAGCUAGAACUUUCGCGAAAAAUUAUCUUAGUGAAUAUGUUAAGCUAAACAAAAGCAAAAAUCCCUACCUUUCAACACUAGUGGAGCAUGCCCUGGAGUUUCCACUCCGUUGGAGAAUGCCAAGGAUGGAAGCAAGAUGGUUCAUUGGGGUUAUCAACGAAGUCCAGAUACGAAUCCCCUCUUGCUUGAUCUUGCCAAGCUGGAUUUCAACAUGGUGCAAGCGAUCUACCAGGAAGAUCUAAAACAUGCCUCAAUGUAAGAAGUUCAAUAACUUUAAUUACCUUAACAAAUACUAAUUAAACCUUUAGAAAAAAAAAAAAAGGAUUUCAUGAUGUGAAAAAUAAUUUUUCUUUGCACAAAUUACGUGGUGGAAGAGAACAAGUCUUGGACAAAAUUUGGGGUUCAUCAGGGACAGACUGAUGGAGAAUUUCUGAUGGACUACUGGAGUAUUGUUCCAACCUCAGUACAGAUAUUUUAGAAGAAUGGCCGCACAAGUCAAUGCACUAGUAACAACAAUAGAUGAUGUUUAUGAUGUAUAUGGAACCUUGGAUGAACUUGAAUUUUUUACUGAUGCCUUUGAAAGGUUUGUGCUUAGCAGUCGCUUUCAUUUGAACUUAAUAAUUUCUUUCAUGCUUCAAUUGUUCUAUCGGAUUUCAGAUGGGGUAUCAAUGCAACAGAGCAGCUCCUAGACUAUAUGAAGUUAUGCUUUUUUGCCCUGCACAACUCCAUGAACCAAAUUGCCUCGGACAUUUUUCAGGAACAAGGAAUAAACAUCCUUCCUUACUCAAAGAAAGCGGUAUCGUUACUUAAUUCUUGACUUGAAUGACUUUUUGUUUGUUUACUCUAACUAAUUCUUUCAAUCUUAAUUUCUCCUAGUGGCUGGAGUUAUGUAAAACUUACUUGAUAGAGGCGAAAUGGUACCACCAAGGAUACACACC